CUGGCAAUUGGCAAGAGCGUAUAGGAAGGAAUGAGCGUUGUUGUUCAUGCUAUCCUCGUUCUUCUCAUCUUCUCAGUAGCUUCGUCUUCUUCCACUACCAGUGGCAAUGAAGAAGAACAAACGAAGAGAGUCAUUUGGGCCAAAGGAGGCCCUGAUUCUGUGGUUUGGGUGGUUCAGCUCUCCGAUCUUCAUUUCAGCAUCCACCAUCCCGAUAGAGCCCUCGACUUUCGCAAUUUCGUCGGUCCUGCUCUUUCCAUGAUCAAUCCUUCACUCGUCCUCGUCACCGGCGACCUCACAGAUGGAAAAAGCAAGGAUUUGCUGACAAUGAAGCAAAAUGAGGAUGAAUGGAAAGAAUACCAGAAUGUAAUGGAAGAUGUUAUCAAAAGGAGUGGACUCAAUAAGGAGGUUUUCUUUGACCUUAGAGGCAAUCAUGAUAGUUUCGGUGUUCCAGUCGUUGGUGGUUCAUCUGAUUUCUUUUCCAAAUACAGCAUCAAUGGGCAGUUAGGCCGCAGUGGGAGAAUCACUAGCGUUACUGUUGAGACUCAGGAGCGUAGACAUCUCUUUGUUGGGCUCGACAGCACUAUGUCAGUUGGUUUACGAGGUCCAACUAAUCUUUUUGGGCAUCCCACUGAUGAAUUGCUGAGUGAUCUAGAUUUGCAGCUCUCACAUUGGGACUCUCAGUCAGAAAAACCGGUUUCCAAGAUUUCCUUUGGGCAUUUUCCACUUUCAUUCUCCGCACCAUCAGGUUCUGGAAGGACCUUGGAAGAUGUUUUCCUUAAGCAUUCAAUAUCAGCUUACCUGUGCGGGCAUCUCCAUAGUAGAUUUGGUAAGAAUUUAAAGCGACACCAUCAGUUGAGCCCUCAUUUUUCAUCCCUCCAGAAGUUUUUUCAGUUUAACGUGCACCAAAUAUCAUUUGAAAGUAAUGUGAACUGUUCAAUUGGGCCCCCACCAAUCCAAGAAUUUUGGGAGUGGGAGAUGGGUGAUUGGAGAAAGAGACGAUUCAUGCGAAUUUUGUCUAUUGAUAGUGGCCAUGUAUCAUUUGUUGAUGUUGAUUUCAAAGCAGGGACCAAAAAGACAAUUAUCUUGCCAACUUUCCCUCUAGAUUCACGCAUCAUGUUGACAUCUUUGUUCCAUCACAAGUAUGAAUGUCAAUCUGUCACCGCUUCAUCUUUUGAAUCAAUAAGAGCUCUGGUCUUUUCCAUUUCUCCAAUCGUCUCAGUUGUGGCUAGGGUCUAUGACUCUAGAUAUGGGAAUCUUGAUUUAGUUUUGGAAGCACAUAUGAUCAGACAUGCUAAUGAGACCUCUAGGGGAGUCCUCUAUGUUGCUCCAUGGAAUUACCAAGCCUUUGAGGAUGCAUCUCCUCAUAGAUAUUGGCUUCAAAUUGAAGCAACUGACAUCAUGAACAGAUCAACUUUGACUGAAUUAAGGCCAUUUUCUAUUAACGGUCAUAGUGUCAAGCUUUCUUGGAGCUGGAAGGAGUUUUUUGUUAUGGGUUGUCAAUGGCCUGCCUUGUAUUAUCCAAUGUUCUGGUCUUCCUACAUUCUUCUGUUCUUUCUUCUUCUUCUUCCAAUCAUUCUACUUAUUUUUCAAAAGAAGCUUUACACGUACAGGAACUUCAUUGCCACCAGAGGUCUCGGCAAUGGUGUAUUAUGGGUUCAGGAGUUCAGGAGGGUUCGCACAUUAUGGUUUGGUUUUAUUGGAUACUUAUUUUAUCUCAUAUUAUUCCCCUGGUUUAUUGGUCAAGUAUUUACAGAAGGGAACAACAGGGGAUACAUGACCUACAUGGGUUGGGUUGUGAAGAAUCCCAAUGAAAUAUGGAAUCAUGAUUAUAUUGGAUCUCCAGAUAUUAUGAUGAUUGUUCUUCCUCAUCUAUUCUUCGUGCUAUUUCCAACAAUUUUGGUCUCCGCAGCUCUGACUGCAGAAAGAGGGAUUUAUCGGGAACAUAUGUUAUCACGUUCAGGGAAGAAAGUGGACGAUCAUGAUCCAAAGAUUCAAAGAACUGUAUCAAAUGAUGAACAGAGAAGCAGACUUUCAAAUUUCUGUUUAGGCAAGCGACCAAUUCGGACGAUUCUCUGUUUGAUAUGCUUGGCAAUAUGUUGGAAGCAUUUUAUGAAUUGCAGAAGUCUGAUGAAAGCCUAUGAGAUGAAUCCAAUUCUCCAUUUCCUGGGUUAUGGGCUCUCAGUUCCCAUCUUGUUGGCGUUUGCUAUCUGUGGAACCAGAGGGAUCCAAUGAGAAUGACCCAAAAUGUUCACAGUUACCCAACUGGACCAAGCCCUGCAUAUUUUGAACUGUGGCUUAUGACGUCAGAGGAU